AUGCGGCACUGUCUGUGGACUCCAUGCACAAUUUAUUACGGUCAGUGAGUCAUUUUAGCCUUUAUUUUGCCGGACGCUGACAUAGGAUAUGCUCCUAUCUCUGUAUUCGCCUCCCACAUAGUCCUCUUCCUUGGCACUUUUGUUUCCAAAUGUCACUUGGUUUUUCACUGUUUACAGAAGUAAAUCCGUUUGCCCGCGGCUUUUAAAUGCAUGUUUAUCAGUAGCACUUUCCAUUCUUCUCUCGUUUUUAAAUUUAUGACUUGGCUAGCUGCACUACAAUUAUGACUCCAUGAUUGUCAGACCUGUCUUUGUGAGAUAGAUCUCACUGCUCGGAUAAGUCUCGUCUCCGGAGGUUCACCUUACUUCAUCCCAUCAUCUUUUGCUAAAGACGGACAGGGAACAAAACACCAGAACAAGAGCAUCGAAAUAAGGGCAGGCUAGGUCUGUUUUUGGAAUACUUGUGGUAUUUGCUAGCUAACUAAGCGCACAAACUUAAUCGUAGGCCGUUCGUCAGUUGCUGGCAUUGGCUGCCUAUCUAUUCUGUUAUCUCAUGGUAUUGGGCGAUUUCGCUGGUGACGUCAGUCUGUAGUCUGAGGAAGCAGGGAGCGGGCUGCGGGAAGGCACGCCUUCGGAAAGAAGCGCGAGGCGUUGGACAUGCCCUAAAAACGUGCACACCACGCGUCACGCGCGCCAGAUAGCCAUAAAGGUACAUUGGGGUGAUUGCACGCCGCUAGCUAAUAAAUGCAAACAGGUUUUGCUUGGCCUGCUUACGCGCUGGUUGGCGGAGUUUUCGCAGCUAUGAUACAAAAGCGGAAAUAUGGUAUUAGCAGGCGUCGACCGUAGUCCUGAAUAAGCUCGCGAAACUGUGACAUCUACAAGGAUGCCUCGCUAGUAGUUCAGGAGUCUCAGUCAGUACCCAAGCUUUUCGUUCCGAAAUUCAACUAUAGUUACUAAAAACCGCCCUUCAGGGGUCGUGCAGAUAUUUGUUCUACGAUUAAAAAUUAGGCGUGUAUGAUGUCAAAAAAUCUUUCGCCAUACAGUAACCUUAACACUUUGUUCUCUUGCAUGCGUACAGUUUCCUUCGCGUUCCCUUACUUGUCUUACGUAGUGAACUUAGAACUUCACCCACUUUUGGUGACAGAAAUUAACAUGUUGCAUACGAUUUCGCCUUUUUACAGAAGGCAUUUUCGCAUUUGUAGUCAUAUUUCCUGCUGUCAUCUCUGUCGAUUAUGACAAGCACAAGCCAACCAACCAAUCAUGUGUUACUGGUUUCAGCUCGUGUUUCGGCUGACGGUGACAUGAUGCCAAAACCUAUUCACCGAAAUGAAGUGCUUAGCUCCAAAUCGGAACUCCUACACCCGGUGGCAUCUGAAUCGACUUUCGAUUGCCGCGAAACGCCCGAGCGGACAUUGGACGGUGGUAAGCCCCUAAACAGCGCCUGAGUUGAAUAAUCCGUUUGUUUUCCUCACCAUUGACCCUGCGAUUCUUUCCAAAUUGAGCACAAAAAAUUCCUUUGCACCAUCCAGUUUAUAAAAUCGACUAUUUACCCCGUUUUCCUGAAUUUUAGAGGUUUCUGUCAGAUUGUUUGAGCAUUUGUAUGUUUCCGAAGACCGAACAUCAGACAACUCUCAAAACAUACUCUUGUUCCCCAAAACUGCAUUCAUGUUCCCUCUCAUUUUUUCAAGAUUCGCUUUCAAAAGAAAAAAUUCCUGACAGCCCACCGAAGAAUGAUAUCAUAUUACUGUCAGGAACUGACGUGACCGCAAGUGAGGAUGAUGAUGCCAUCUCCGUAAGUAUUCUUUGUCCUUCAGAGCUUAAGUUAUCAUAUCGCUAAACAAAAACUUGAUGUUAACUAAAGUGGAACCGCAGUUAUUGGUUCAACUGUAACUUCGGAAAUGAAGCACAUAGCUAAGCUUCACACGUCAUAAUUCUAUACUUGGGGUGUAUAUCGACGAACUUACGAAAUUCUUUUUGAAUUUUUAGUAUUCGGAACCAGCAAUCGCAACUGAUCGACCUGAGGAAGCCAAAGUCUUCUCUUACGCUCAGAUUCUUACGGCAACUUUUGGGUCUUUUGUUCAUGGUGGCAAUGAUGUUAGGUAGGUCACAUGAAGCACAGCUAGACAUGACUUUUCAAAGCAGUUUUAAUAACGGUAUAUGUUCUCAAUUUUUUAGUAACGCAAUCGGACCUCUUAUUGGGCUUUGGAUUGUUAGUACAACAGGAUCCGUUACGAUAGACAAGAAUACACCUAUCCUCCUUCUCGUCUAUGGAGGAGUCGGAAUUUCCGUCGGUCUAUGGGUUUGGGGUCGUCGAGUGAUCCAAACCAUUGGUGAGGAUCUCACAGCAAUGACUCCGUCCAGGUGAGGGUGAACUGAUUGCGACAUUUUUGAGAUCUUAUGACACUGACACCGUAAACCUUACGCCCCUCUCGGUUUUGAAAAAUAGUAAAGACAGCAGUCUAGCACAGACUAUAAUGACCGUGGUUGGAAUUUGGCAUGACGAAUCGUGGCCAUUCUCGAAUGAGAAAUCCAGCCCGAAUAGUAUUCGGUGGCUCCACUGAUUUAGGGUGCCGGGACCCGUCGAUCCCCGCGGACGCCGUAACGCGAUUCUUGAGAAUUUUGUGUACAGAUGAGUCUCCAACAGCUGCUUGGAAUGUUUGUUAGGAGUUGUCUGCUUUAGCCCUUUGGUUUAAAAAUCUAACCUCGAGGCGGCGGUUGUGGGCAACUUUAUUUAAUGACGAUUCGCGUUUGGCAUGUCGCGCAUCGUCAGCAAUCACUGUGGCAUAAGACGGCUGGCAUGAUAGACCUCUGUCCUGCACGUGCUAUGUCGCGACCGCUUAUCUGUCGGAUUCGAUGGUUUGCGUGCUCUGCGACCCGACCUUCGUCGAAGGCUUGCCCACUGAAAGACGCGUCCGGUAGUCAGCAGUUGGGCUGACGUGUGAACCUUUGCUCCAGACUUCUCGCUAGUGAAACGACUGCGGUAAUUCAUAAUAGUGUCAGUACGUGAUGCGCGCAUGGUCUUUGGCGACGGGAUGAUGAUUGCGUGGAUCGGUACUUACAUCAGCACAAUGGACGCAUGCGCACAGACCUUAGUCGUCCCUCGCCGCUGGCACAUAUGGACGCUGGACUGUUAUGGACCGCCCUAGUGACUGAAAAAGCUUUAGUUCCUCCGUAUACAACCCGCCUGGGACGGGAAAUCAUGCCAGACGUAGUAAGUCUCCAUGUCCAAUAAUGAGAAUAUUGGUUUUCAAUAUGUAUCAAUACAAAUUAAUUUCGACGCAUUUCUUUGCUUUUUAGCGGCGUGAGCAUUGAACUGGGGUCUGCAGUUACGGCUUUGGUUGCCAGCAAAUUACGUAUUCCCGUAUCAACCACGCACUGUCAAGUCGGUUCUGUGGUUGCAGUCGGCCUCGCUCGCUCACGUAAAGGCGUAAACUGGAAGUUAUUCAUCAACAUCUUUGUUGCGUGGGUGGUGACACUCCCUGCGUCCGCUGGUAUCUCUGCCCUCGUUAUGUAUGCAUUUACCCACAUCUGA